GUUGUAGACGGGUAUAUAUACGCGUUGCUUUAUUUUGCGAGGCUCCCCUAUUCUGUAGUACAGAAUAAUACAAUCAAGAUGUCACUUGCUUCUAGGAGACGAAACCUAAGCUCCCAAUACCUAUUUGGCAUGGCUACAUGGUGUUUCCUCAGUUGUGUCUCACUGCAUCAUGAAUCCGGUGGACACAUCCAGAAAUUUACGGAGCUUGCAUGCCCUGAAGUAUGUUCCUGUGCUUCACAUGGUCUCGUCAAUUGUUCAUACCGGAAUCUCACUAUUACUCCAGAUAAGAACAAACUGCCUGUAGAUGCUAGUGUUUACUUGCUGAAAGACAAUAGUAUCAGUGCCCUAAGUGGCUAUAGCUUUAAUACAACCCCCAAUUUGACCUUUCUCGACCUCUCCCAAAACAUACUGAUUUCCAUCGAUGAGAAUGCUUUUGCUGGACUUGUUCGACUGCAGGUGUUGAAUAUUGCAGUUCAAAAAACCAUUAAAAAAAUCAGCAGAAAGUGGUUCAACGGGCUCACUCAGCUUACAGUCGGUAGGUUGACGUUCAUUAAAGCUGAAGCAAUCGACGAUUACGCUUUUUCUGAUAACUCAGAUAUAGAAGAGAUUCAUUUGGAUUCUAAUGUUCUGAAGGAUAUACCAAGUCAUUUAUUUCAACACCUUCCUAAGUUAAAGACCAUUCAGUUAUGUUGUAACCUUCUCACAGAAAUUGAUGGUGAACCUUUCUUUGGAUCAAACCAUGUUGAAGAAAUACAAUUAUAUUCAAAUAGCAUCAAUAAGCUCAAUGAAAAUGCUUUUAAAAGCAUGAAGAAUAUAUCUCUUAUUAAUUUAAAUGACAACCAAUUAUCCUCAGACUACAUCCCUAUCCAAACAUUCAGAGGAUUAAAACGCUUAACUAAACUCUAUCUGUAUACAAACAAUUUAAAAACCAUAAAAAAAGAAUGGUUUCAGGACUUGACAUCAUUAGAAAUACUUGAUGCUAGUUUCAACAGUGUCACAACAUUGGAUGAUAAUGUGUUUAAGAACUGCUUAAACCUGAAAGUCAUCGUUUUGAGCCACAACUUACUCAAUAAAGUUCCCAGCACGCUGUUCCGUGGACUACCAAAUCUGCUGACUGUUACUUGCUCCCACAACCAAAUUGACAACAUUGGUGAUGAUGCUUUCCAAGGUUCAAAUCAAAUCAGCUCGCUGCUAUUUGACAACAAUGUCUUCAAAACUGUUUCCAAAUCAUUUGGUCUACAACACUUACAUAAUUUAGAAGAUAUCUCUUUCUACACAAAUCCGUUUCAAUGCAACUGCGAUCUAGUAUGGUUCAUCAGCUGGCUCCAGUCCAAUGACGUCAGACCGUACGUGUACAAUUUUGAUGAUGUGAUCUGUAAUGGUCCGCCAAAGUUAGCCCUUCGUCCACUCUUGGAUUUGGAUCUUAUAGAUUCAAUCAGCUGUAGUUCCCAUGGGGUGGUCAUUAUUGUUUCAAUUGCAGGUGUACUGGUUAUAAUUGCAAGUAUACUAUAUUACUUUCGCUGGGAUAUAAGAUAUUUACAUCAAAGAAGAAAACUUCGCAAACAAUACCAACAGCUAAAUGAAGACAUUGAUGAACCACCAAACAUGCAGGGCAACAUCUUUGAUGCAUUCAUUUCUUACAGCAGUAAAGACUGCAAAUGGGUCUCAAAUGUGCUACAUCCUACGCUUGAAAAUGACCCAUACAAUUUUCGGCUGUGCAUCGACUACCGUGAUUUCAUGCCGGGAAAUUCCAUUGUCGACAACAUCGCACGAGCCAUUAGUUCCAGUCGUAAGACAAUCAUGAUCCUGACAAAAAACUUUCUGAGGAGUCAGUGGUGUUACUUUGAGCUCGAGAUGGCUAGGCGGCGUUUGUUGGAGAACAGCGAAGAUCUCUUUAUCGUCGUGCUUUUGGAGAAGAUUACUACAAAGGAUAUACCGCUGAAGUUGCAACAAGUCCUACGUAAGAAAUCUUACAUCAGAUGGCCUGAGGACGAAACUGCUCGGCGGCUGUUUUGGACCAAGCUUGAAACAGAACUACGAUCGCCUAAUACUAUUAACUGACUUCUCUACUAUAUUAGAAGUCUACAAUAAUUUGAAUAAAAUUGAGUUCAAAAUAUAUUCUAAAAUGUGAAAUAAAAAAACCAGUGUUUAUUGUUGAAAUUGUAUUUAAAGAUACGCAAAAUCAAUAGAAGUAACAAAAAUAAAAUGUUAUCAUUUAAAGUACAGAGUUGUACUGCACAAACCUGAGUGGUUGGUCAAGAGAUUCUUUUGUGCUGACCCCUGUUCAAAACCCAGCAAGCGUUGGGUUUAUUUGGAGUCUAAUAGCUCAGCUGCUCGAAUAAUACUCAUAUGAGUUAGGCAAGACAUGGGGCAAUGCUCCUUGCUUUAGAUUGAAAAUUUAUGCACAAAAUAUAAUGUAUGUAGUUUAGCCUGAGCAAGCAUUUAAAGUGCGGUACCUUAUGGCUACAUAAAAAGUUAGUAAGAAUCAGCAUUAAAAUGUCUCUGUGUACAAUAAU